UAUAUCAUAAUCAUAUAAUCUAAUACUAGAUCUAGAUCUAUAGAUUACACUUACUAAAUUAUCACAAUAUAUUAUAAAAUAACUUUCUCUGCUUCACUGAGAAAAUAUAUUCAAGAUCAUUGUAUUCUUAUUUGUAAUUACUAUUAUGAAAAUCCUUCAACAACUAUUCCUAUUAAAUAAUUAAAUUGACACCUGCCAUUACAUAUUUCUAUUUGAGAUGGCAGGUCAUGGAGUUAAACCAUCUCCUUUAAGCCUAAAUGACUUAAAACUGUUUGAUAGAAAUGCUUUGCGCAAAACUGAAACACUUAUUACAAAUCCUGAUGGCAGUCGAAUUAUUGAAGGGAAAGAUGAAGAGGGUAAUUUAUAUCGAAGGCCAUCUACUUCCAGUCAACAUGGCUUCGUUGUAGAUUGGUCAGAAGACUUGCAAGUGGCAGAAGUUAGAGAUGGUCUAAUAAUGGGAUCACAAGAUGUGGCACAUGACCUUGACACACUUAAACAUCACAGAGUCACACAUAUUCUUAAUGUCGCAUCUGGGGUAGAGAAUUUAUUUCCGGACUUGUUUAUUUACAAAACACUGGACCUAAGGGACCUACCAGAGUAUCCAAUACUACAAGACUUUCAAAAUGCCAUCACUUUUAUUGAUGAGGCCCUCAAAGCUAAUGGUUGUGUUCUUGUUCACUGCAAUGCCGGCAUUUCAAGGUCAGCUGCCAUUGUAAUGGCAUAUUUAAUUAAAACAGAGGGAAUGACUGUUAAUGAAGCAUUUUCAUUUCUUCGUUCAAAACGUCCAGCUAUUUGUCCAAAUCCUGGAUUUAUGAUUCAACUUCAGAAUUUUUAUGAUACCCUUUAUGCAAAAAUCUCAUAAAUCUUGAAAUGGAUUGUGCCAUAUUGAUAUUAUUGUAAUUUUAUAAGUUGAAUGAUUAAUAAAUGUAUUGAUCUUUUUUUUUUUAAUGGGCUGUAGCUAAUACAUUUUAAUGAGUUAAAUUUAGUUACUGAUACAUUUAAUGUAAUUUCUUUUUUUAUUAUUUUUUUAAUUAGGAUUGUAACGAACUUUGUUUUUAUUGGAACACAUUUCCCUAAUAGUGACCUGUUUAGUGUAAGAUACUAAAGCAAGCAAGCUCAUGACUUCUUUGAAGUUUUUUGUUUGUGUGAUUUUAGUACAUCCCUAUGAUUAGUAGAUUAUUUCUAAGAGUUCAUGCAUCCAGUACUUUCAUGAACCUUAAAAUGUACCACACCAGUUGCAUGGUAAAACACUGAACAACCAUUAUAUUAUAGCUAAUUCCCAUAGAACUAUUUUUUUCUUAAAGCAAUUUCUUGUUAAUAAGAUUGUUUAUAGACCUGCAUUUACAUUUAAUACAAAUUAUUAAAAGCAAUGCUCUUAAUACAUAUUGUUUUUUUUUUUUAAUAUUUUUUUUAAUAAGCUCUAAUAAUUAUUUGUAACCAUGCAGUAUUAAUUGUGAUGGUAUAUUUUUAUGUUUAUACUUACAAAAUGAAGAAGUUAAAAUAUUUUAAUGUCUGGUAAAUAAGAUCAAUAAUUUUAUAUCUAGGCAAGUUAUGAUUGAAGAAAUGAAAACAUUUAUUCUCUUAUUUAUGUGAUGCUAAAUGAGUUAUAACCUAUUCAGAGCUUUUAUCUAUUCCCCCAUGCUGGUAAUGUUGGCUUAAGACCAGAAAAUGAUUACAUUUUGUUAUCACAUUUUCAUUUGGCAGUAAUUGUAAUGCAUCCAUUAUCAAAUGUAAUAAAAUAUUUGUAGCAAUAAUUUAGUAAGAAUUCCAAAAUUAAUAAUUAAAAUAUAAAUAGAAUUAAUAUAUAAUAAAUGUCAUAUAAAAAUAAUUAUUGAUAUGAAAAGUUUGAUUUAGACUUUAAAAAAAAAAAGAAAAUUAGAGCUAUUGUAAAUUGCAAAUAUAGAUCAGAUGUUUUUGGUACACUUUUUAAUACUUUUAUGGAUUUUAAGUGCUCUAUACCCUCACUUUUAUUAGCUUUUGUAAUUACAAAGGGCACUUAGGAAUAAUGAACUACUAUAAUAUUUAAGCCAUUUUUUGUUAUGUUAUCAAAGUAAAUUCUUUUCAUAGUUUAAAUGGAAUACAUUAAAUGUCUCAUCUCUUUUUUUUUAAUUGUUGUUGUUGCCUUGGUCAAUACAAAAGAGUAAAAAGGUACAUAUUAAACAACAAUCUUGACAUUUUCUUUUCAUUUUGGCUUUAGUAAAGUCAGAUUGCUUUUCAUUCACUAAGCAAUUUUAAGAAAUUAUAAAAUAUAUAGUCCUAGUUUCAUUAAUUGAUAAUUUUAUAGAUUAAUUAAUUUAUUGUUUUCGGGAGCUAACAGAAGUCUUAAAAUUUGUCAUGUCCUGGAUCAGAAGUAAUUUUGUGUAGCCUUUUGCAACCAAAGCUAUUCAUAACAUAUCAAAUGUAAACAAAGAAUAUGUCAUCUACAAGCCAGUGAUUUUUAUUUUUUUUUUAAUUUUCUUGAAUGCAUUGUAAAUAGCUUUUGAAUUUCUUAUAGUUCAAUGCAGGUUGCACAAUUAAAUUGAUGGGUACUAUUUCAAAAUUGAAUGGUAGAAAGGUUACAUUUUAUAUAUACACUAGUUAGUUAGUUAUGUAUUUAAUUUAUUAAACUUCUAAAUACCGGUAUAUUUAAGAGACAUGUCAAAAAGUGUCUCAUUUUCUUGAGAAAUGACUUCAUGACACCAAUGAAGUGAAAGCCAUUACAACAAGACUAUUUUUAGUUAAAAUGAGUGCCUUAUUUUUCUAAACCAAAAAAAAAAUGCAACCAAAAAGUCAUGGCCAAUGAAUGAAAAUCCAUAAAUAAAUAAGUAAUAAUUUUUUGUUUUAUUGAAUUUAUACUUAUAAUUUUGAUUGUUGCACUUACUAUUUUAUUUUGUUUCUAAUCCUAGUAACACAUAUAGCUGUUGUAAGAAUGAAUUACCAAUUUGUUUCAUACGAUACCAGUAUGAAUGAAUUUACAAUAAUAUAUUCUUAGUUUUAGACUGGCACUUAAUGAUUAUGGUAAAUCCAGUCAUAACUUAUUAGCAUUGCCUUUGAUUCCGAAGAUUAAAGAUCGGUGUAGUGUUUCACAUGGUUAUGCAAACCCAGUUUUAGGUUGUCGGAUUCAACAAAUGUCUAGGUGUAACAACUCCUAGACAGGCAAGGGUUCAAAAGUAAUAAGCUUAAGUUUAUGGAUUUGGGGUUUUGGUCAUUUUAAGCUCAAUGCUAUUGUUCAUGACAAUCUGCAUUCAUUUACUUUCCAUUUAUUCCAUUGGACUUGUGUUAGUCCAAACUUAUUUUUUUUAUUUCGGAUCCUGUUUUGGGAGAUAGAGCAUCGAGAAUUUCCUCUGGAUUGCACAUUGCAGAGGACUUUUAUGAAGGGAUAGUAAGUGACCUAUGCGUCUCUCUUGACCAUCAUGGCAUGGUCCAGGAGGAAUCGUAUGCAAUUCAUUUGGUAACAACUUAAUUGCAUGAGCUGUCCGGUGAAUUAUCUGCUUUGAAAGUCCAAAUGCCGAAAAGGCUUCACUCCAAUUUUUUUUGUGUGCCAUUUGACUACUGAAGUCUUAUUAACGCUAGGCAGCGCAGCAGAGGAAAGUGUCUCUUUCCUUUGUGUUCUCCGUGGAACAUAGGGCCUCCUCAGUAAAAACAUGCCACUCUCAAUGGUUUAUGGCUUGCCAUCUCUUUCCUGUCCUCUGGGUUUCAUUUAGUACUCUGCGUCGCCACGCUCUAUUUGGUCUUCCUCUGUCUCUUUGCCCUUGAGGUUCCACUCUAAAGCCUAUCAAGCUCUCUUGGUGGUAUCUUUUCUAAGGGUGUGACCAAUGCAUCUCCACUUUCUCUCUAAGAUUCGCACCUCUAUAUUUCUCUGUCCACCCAUUUCCCACAGUUUGAUGUUUUCUAUUUUGUCAUACCAGUGUAUUUUCAAGAUAUUUCUUAGACAUCUGUUGAUGAAGGUCUGUAACAUUUAAAGAUUCUAAUUUUAGUCUUCUUACAGAUGUGGGGAGAUUUUUAGGUUGGUUUAAGGUGUGUAAAUGUCUGAGGCACUAUAUUUUUCCGACGUUUAAUGUCUUCAUCUGUUCUACAUGAUACACUGACUACACUCCCAAGGUACUUGGUCUAUGGUUUGAGAAUCCAGUUCUAAGUCUCCAUUAUGAGUGAGUCUGGUGUGAAUGUACACUUUUAUAGUUAUAAUGUUUUUUGUUUGGUGUAAUGCACAAAUUGUAAGAAAAAUUUCCUUACGGAUCUAAUAAAGAUUAUUAUUAUUAUUAUUAAAGUACUUUAGUUUCUGAUUGGUUUAUUUUGAAGCUACUCUUUUUUCCUACUUCACUUCAAACUGAAACCUUUUUUUUUUUGCAUAUCUUGUAGUCUGUGCCAUGUCAUCUUCGAAUUCCAGAUCCUCCAGCUUUUGUGUGAAAUCCAUUGCAUUCUUUUCCCUGAAUUAGUGUAAGCUUCUUUUGUGACCCAAUCCAAUACUAGAAGGAACAGGAGUAGUAUAAGAAGACAUCCUUGUUUGACUCCUGUUAUGACUUGGAAUUCCUCUGACAGUUUGCCACUGUGAACUACUUGGCAGGCGAAACCCAUCAUCAUCAACCUCCAUAUGAAAGAGGGCUUGAGAGGUUCAAAUCCUCUCUUGCAAAAGCCCUGGACAGAAACCCUGCUGUAUUGCGUAGUGCAUACAUGUCACCAUACAGGUCGAGAAUUUUUGGUUUCCCAGACCUGUCGAGAAGGAGAUUAGCAAGUCUGGGGCACUCAAAAAGAAUUAUGAGACACGGUUUCCUCUUCUUCCCCGCAGCGUGGGAACCGUGAGUCAAAAUUUUGCCAUUGCCAUGAGAAAUAUGAGCCAACAGGACAAUGGCCUGUCCUGCACUGUGCUAUAACAGCUUGCUCAGGCCUGGACAGCCUCCACCACUGGGAAGUGUGGUCAGGGCGCCUCAUGCACUCCACGGCUUUUUGGGACUUGUCCCAGCACUCAAACCACUUUUCAAUUUUUGUUUUAAGAAUUAUAGCCAGAGCAUAGUGAAAACUCACAGUGACCGUGGGUGGUGUUUGCCCUCCCUGGUGGGCUAAGGAGUCUGCAAUGGUGUUGGUAUUUUAGUUUUAAAUACCGGUAGAAUAGAUGGAGAGGUAUUUACAGCAUUUGGGCUUCACUACUAAAUUGUAAUUCUUUUUUUUUUUUAAUGCCCAUGGUGAAUACGUUAUUGAACUUAAUUAUGUACAAUAAUUUAUAUCUUUUCUUUAUAUUAAUAUCUGUGACUUCUUUAUUUAUGUGUGUGUUUAAUCAUAGUGCGGUAAAAUGAUGCAAUACAUGUGCAUGGCGAUGUUUUUAUAGUUAAUUACUUUAGAUGGUUUAAAUUCAAUUAAACUUGAUCAAUCUUGAUCUUAUUUACAAUUUAUCCACAUUUUAAGAAGUCAGUUUCAAAAUGUGUAUAAGCUACAUUUUAUUUCAAUCCAGAAAUAACAAAAUUAUAACACAACAGAUGUAAGUCUACAUUAGAGACUACUUGUGACAAAUUUAAUAUGCUUUCAAUAUAAUAUUCAAUUAUGUUCAAUAAAAUGUUGUAUUUGUAACUUUAAUUAAUAAAAACUACAGAAAAUCAGCCAUUGUUGAACCUUAAUAAACAUAAUAAUCUCACCUUCAAUGUUGUUCAUUCCAUUGUAACCAUAAUAUAAUAUAUUUUUUUUAAGCCAGUACAUUAGUAUGUUGUUCUGAACUAAGAAAUAAAUGUUUCAGCUAUAAAAAUGAACAGCAGUUACAGAGUUUUUAAAACAUUCAUUGGAUAUGUGAUGGGAGAAAAUACAAUUAUAAACACAAUAUUUAAACAUCCAUUUUUGUUACAUUGACAUUUUUGUUUUCUUUCAGCAUUUUACAAUUGUGUUGAAAUUUAUGGUAAACAAAAAAAUAAUAAUUAAAAAAUGUGUGUAUUAACACAAAUCAGCAACAUAAUACUGAGUUAUCUGAACAUGGUUACCCAAAAGUAUAUUUCUUGCUCAACAGUGCAAACAUUUUCAAUUAAAACCUAACUAGUUUGCUUUUAGUAAGGAAUUUCUGGAAUUUUUUUUCUAAUUUUGUACAAAGUGUGUGAUCAACUCUAAGAAAAUAGUAAAAUCUAUUUAUAAGUAUGUAUACAUAAUAUAGAUUUAUAUAAUUUUAUACAUAACAGAUCAACAAAUAUAUUUAAAAAAAAAAAAGCUGCAUGUGCCAUUUU